AUGCACCCGAAAUACCAAGAAGACCGAGCGGGAUGCCACUAUCUGGAAGACAUGAACAACACCAUCGCAUUAAAGGGUCGACGAUCGAUCCAGCUCGAAUCGGCCAUGAGGGUGUCAAUACUACAGCACUAUGUCGUCCGCCAAUACCAGGAAGACGAGCGCGUGGAGAAUAAUGUUGAGAUCACCACCGCCCUCGAGAAUUUACUGCUUAAUGAUGAAUAG